UAGUGGAUAUCUAGCUAUGUGCCGUGAAUGUAGUGAAGCGCCAUUUUUGCUCCAUUUUGCCUUGAUAUGAAGCGAAAAAUGGCUUGAAUGUCCCUCAUUUUGAACAUGGAUGUUGUUCGGUUAUUAAGCUUUCACAGGCCUUCUUUUGGGCGCUUAUGAACUUACUAUGGCCGAAGGAGUGGACAAUGACAUGAACCAACAACAACAGCAAGACUGCGUUCCGCAUGGCCAGGAGGCGUUUCACACUCCUUCCGUGCACUUUGAAAGCCCAGCUUUCGAUGCUGCAAACACUCCUUCUAUUGAGGUAACAGUUUCRUCUUCCCAACCUGGUGUGAAUCAGGGACCUAAAAAGAAAAGUGCAUUUCAAAUUACAAGUGUAACUGAAACACGAGCGCAUAGUCGCGGUGAUAGCAAUGGCUACGAUGCAGAGGACCUAAAUGAAAGUGAUGUUACAGAAAUUCAAAUAGAAACGAUCGAGGACUCAACCACAGGCAAUGGAAAUGGUGGAUCAAGGUUUAAAGUUGUCAGAAUUCAAAAUAAAGAGCCUUAUAAACGUGGACGUUGGCUUUGCCGUGAUUUUGAGCAGCCAACACCGAUCACAACAAGCUCUACAUUCAGUGCAGAUAGUCGAGAAGUACAUUCAACUAGUACGGCUAGUUCUAACUUUUUCACUCCGAAUCAUGUUUCUUCAGACGCRUCAAACGCCGUCGAUCAAUAUAUUUCAAACCACAAAAAUACGGUAGAAGUUACUUUUAAUUAUAAACCGGGACAAACUCCUUGUUUAGCGCCGACCAACUUGGAAGCAUUGCGAAAGAGAGACUCRGAACCACAAGUUAAUUUAGCAAGUGCUAGUUUAAAAUCGGACCAUGUAGAUCUAACAUCUAGCAAACRUUUAGCUCCAGCGGAAAGAAUUGAGAAAAUUGCCGAAGCAGCAAGACUCCAAGGAAUAACUUCGCAAAGUGAAGCAGUUUCAGUUGGGGAUGAGCUUCCAAUUGUCAACACCAUAGCAUCUGCAAUGGAUAAAAUUACUGAAAUCAAGUCAGCAUUAUUAACAGUAGUUCAUGAGGAAGUUCAGACUUUGAAGGACACAAUAAAAAAACUAAAAGAAGAAAAUGAAGAAUUAAAGGAAGAAAAUGAAAAAUUAAAGCAAAUUGUUGACCAUCAACAAUAACAUCGAAACAAAGGGUCUGUUAUCAGACUUCUUCCAUGCAAUGGACAGAAUCCAUUAUGAAGAAWGAUCCUAACCACUGCUAGAUUUCAGUCUAUCACUGCUCACACUAGAUGUACCAAUGUAGUAAUCCUUCAAAGCAAAGCUAACUUAUUUUAUACAGCAAAGUCAAUAUGAAUUUCACAGUGAAAGACCAAUCAAUGGACAACUGCUGGACAGGGAUAUCAUCUUAUACACCCAAGAAAAUUGCAGAAUAGUAAAAGUAUUUAAUAAUUAUCAUUGCUAGCUCUUGACACUUUAACGUUUUGUGUUUCCAUUAUUUUACAAGUGAAAAUGCUUUACAUUACUUUUGUAGUCUGUUUUUUUUUUUGUUGAGUGAAUGCACUUAAUCCGCAAAACAAAAAUAUUACCAAAAAUUGCUUCUAAAUUUAAAGCUAAUUCCUUUAUUUCUUACUAUCUUAUCAAAUAGUAAAAAGUAAGUGUCUUGAAUUUAGUGCAUCCACUCUUUUGUUGACAUUAGUUUAAUAAGUAUUGUAGCUCAAGUUUAGUCAACUUUUGCAACUAUAUUAGCUGUUUCUUCAAUGUCUACUAAUGUGUAAUACAGCAAAUACUGCUAACUAAGGAUAUUAAAUGUCCAGGUUAGGUGUAGUAAAAAUAACUUUUAUGGUGUAUUUGAUGUUUCAUUUGCAAAAGGUCWAAGACAAGGCUGUCCAUAAAGUCAUUAUCAAGUUUUAAUUCAUAGUAUACAUUUAUUUAGUUCUUUUAAAUGUCACUUAUGAAGCCAAUCUCCAUAAUGGACCAUUACUGCAAAUUUGUGUCUAAACCUUUAGACACUUAACUGCAGUAAGUGGACUAUUACCAUUGGUGAUUGCUAUGUUAGUUCAAUAAGUACUAUAAUUUUGCAAAAGCUAGGUAUUUCUUUUAAUCCUUCCUUAAUAUUUGGUUUUCUUGGGGGGAGUAUUAUGUAAAKUUUUUCAAGCAUUCUGUAACAUAGUUUCCAUUCUUUGAUAUUUUGGUUCUCAGUUUCGCAGGAUAGACCUAUGUUUGUUGGUUAAUAUCUGAUUAAUGUUAUAUGAACACUGAAUAACAUUGGUAUCUCUGGUGGACAACUUCAUUGCCAUACAGUUGCUCACUGGGCCUGGAUUCUAAAUCAUGACUUAUCAUGUUUAGUGCUUUAAUGUUAGAAUAUAAAUAUCAAAAGUGUGCAGCAAAUAGUUUAAAAUAGCAUUAGUUUAAGAUAGCAUUAUGAAAAGAGUAUUACAAAAUGUAAAAUAUUAGCACCCUUUUAGUGUUUAUAUCACAUCAAAGCCUAAAGGAUUUACUAUACCUUGAAACUAAGAGAUAUCAAAAUGAAGAUGUCUGCUUCAUUGCUGUUAUAGUUUAUACAAAAAAAGGUGUAAUUAGAAAAUUUCAAUUCUUCUCUGCCUGAAUUAAUUACAUUGGACUAGACAGUACUGUAAAAUCAAAGAAUUGCAUUUAGUUGUGAAUUAUUUGUUUCCUGACAAAAUGUCAGAAAGCUGAACAUGACUGAUAGAAAAGCAGUGGAAUGUAAUUUAGAUCAAUUUUCAAAAUUUGCUGUAAAAUCUAUUCACUCUAGGUACUUGAAGUUGUUUCUUGAAAAUCGGAUAAACUCUUUUAUGGAUUUUGAUCAGMAAGAUCUUACUUAGCCUAAAGAAAAACAGAAGUUUCCUCAGAAGGAAAAUUAUAUUACAUUUUUUGAUCUCUACAUUGUGUACAUUUAUUAUCAUAAAUAUUUUCAAAUAUUUUCUUAGAAAAUGUUGUUUAUCAUAAGUAGUCUUGUACCAUUACAAUUUCCAUGAGAUCUAGUUGCUACGAUUAACAACCAUUCCAUUAAACUUGWGCUAAUCGCAGGCUGACYGGCAUUCCUGCGUGUUUGCUUGUCAGAAUGUUUUUAGCUCAUCUUUCAACCUGUG